CUGGCGUUCCACAUGGCGGCAUGAUGGCAGUUGAAAAAUCUGCUUUCUUCGAUUUCUUCCCGGAUUUGGUCGGCGUCGGGUUUGAAGCCUGGCAUCAUGAUGGACAUGACAAUGCCGUCGGCACGAAAAUUGAAUUCCUCGAAGGAUGGAAAGUAGUUUCCAUGGUCGAAUCGGUAUCGGGAGAGAUCUAAUGGCUCUGCGAUGGCCUUGAUGUUGGGUGCCGACGUCUUGAAGAGAUGGAGUCGAUGGCUGAACUUUUGGUGAUGAGCG